UUUUUUAUUUUCAUUUCGUAAAAGUUUUUGGUUGAAGAAUUGCAAAUUAUAGUGGAAAAAAAGUUUUAAAAAGUAGCAAAUACAGAUUUUUUAAACCAUGCUAUUUCAUAUUAUAUUGUGUAAAAUCCUUUUAUAAUAGUAGAAAUAUCGUGACUGCUCAAAAUGGGCGACAACAUCAAAGUAGUCGUAAAAGUGCGACCGUUGAUUGCGCGUGAAAUAGAAUCAAAAUUGUCCUAUCAAUGGCGCGUAAACAACAACACUAUUACCCAAAUAGACAAUGCCUAUCCUCACUCGUUCACGUUCGACAAAGUGUACGAUAAAGACACUAAAACAACGGAUGUAUACGAUGAUAUCGCCAAGCCUAUCGUGGAGGCUGCACUCUCUGGCUUCAACGGAACCAUCUUUGCUUAUGGACAAACCUCCUCCGGCAAAACCUAUACCAUGACAGGCACCGACGAUGCCCCUGGAAUCAUACCAUUGGCAGUGUACAACAUAUUUGACCGUAUAAAAGAUAUACCCGAUAGGGAGUUCUUAGUCCGAGUAUCCUACAUUGAAAUAUAUAAUGAAAAAUUGAUUGAUUUAUUGGAUGUAAAUAAAUGUAUCAAGAUUAUGAUUAAUAAUGUUGAUGGUCGCACAUCUGUUGAUGCCACGGAAAGAGUAACAACCUCACCCGAAGAAGUUUUACAAGUUAUGGAGGAGGGUAAAGCGAACAGGCAAACUGGCUUUACAAAUAUGAAUGAGGAGAGCAGCAGAUCCCAUUCAAUCUUCCAGAUUACAAUAGAAUCUCGUGAGCAUAUAGAGGGAGACCAGGCUUCAUCUGUUAAUGUUUCACAAUUGAACUUGGUGGACUUGGCCGGCUCUGAGAGGGCGGGACAGACCGGUGCUACGGGGAAAAGGUUUAAAGAAGGCACACAUAUUAACAAAUCCCUUUCCACACUGGCUCUUGUGAUAAAGCAGCUGUCGGAGAACCAAAGAGGUUCGGAAAACCAACACGUCAAUUACCGCGACAGCAAACUCACGCGGAUCUUACAGAACUCUCUGGGAGGGAACGCGAAGACCGGUAUCAUUUGUGCCGUUACUCCAGCUCAUGUUGAUGAAACUAUAUCGACGUUGCAAUUCGCCAGUCGAGCUAAGGCUAUAAAGAACACACCUGCAGUCAACACGGUGGCCACAAACGAGACGAUGAUCCAGAAUCUUACCAAAGAACUCUCUGUACUGAAAACACAAUUGGAGGGAAAGAAAAAUUUGGAGCAAGACAAUCACAAUCUCCAGAAUAAAAUCGCUAUGUUGCAAAGUUUGAUUCUCAAUGGUAUCGUUCAACGGAGCACCACGGACAUGGGCGGAGCGCGACGGAAACUGAAUGCGCCGCGACGUAAUACCAUAUCAACGUUGCAUCCUAUUGAAGAGGAUGAUUUACCAGAACCACCGAGAAAACCCAAGUUUUGUACGCCCAGCUUGAAAUAUAACCCUGCGAUGAUAAACGCUUCAGAAUUCAAGCCGAUACAGAAAACUGCGAGUUUAUCUUGCGUUGACGAAGAACCGCGCCUCGUGACGCCGCCCCCUACGGAAAAAAAGGUUAACUUCAACAACGAAGUCAUUGAAAUAGAUAGCGACGACGACAACUCGACACUUUCGUUGGUCUGUUCGCCAUAUCACAAGUGUAGAGAUGAAACUAAAACACCUCCUUGUAUAUUGAAGAAAAAUGCAAAACUAGCCGAGAAGAAUUUAAAAGAUAUUAUGGAGCUGACAGAACGAGAAAAAAUUUUCUCACCCAAUGUUACAGAACUGAUGGAAAGCAUAGAGAAGAAAUCAUCAACAAUAGCAAAAUUAGAAGACGACGUUGAUAAAUUGUCUAAAAUAACACGUGAAAAAGAUGUAAAAAUAGAAAAUCUAAGAGGCAAUAUCGAAAAAGUGGAAAGGGAGAUUGCUAAUUUAUCCAGUGAGAAGGGAAAUUUUGAAAAACUUAUUAAAGAAUACGAAACUAAAUUGACUGACUCGGAAGUUACUAUUGAUGUUUUGAAAAAUAAAGCAAAAAUAAGGGAACAAGAACUACUCUCUUUGUUACGUAAUAAUAGCUCAAAGAAAACUUAUGAAAGUGCAGGAAUCAAUACGUCUUUUAUUUGCGCUGAAAACGGAAAUAAUGAACAUGACGAUGCAUUAAUAACAGAUUUGCAAACUCAGCUUAAACUUAAAGAAGAAACUAUUAUAGAAUUGCACGAACGAAUAUCACAACAAACAAACAUCAUUAAUGAUUUAAAAACAUGUAAUAAAGAUUUUGAAAAAUUGUUAAAUACACACAAAGAUCACGUUACCUUAUUAGAAAGCGAUAAUGCUACUCAGAAAACUGAAUUAGAUAAAUUAAAUGCAGUCAUAAAAGAACAAAAAGAUUUAAUUGAAUCUAUGAAUACGCAAGUCGAAUCAUAUUGUAAUAGUACUCAAGAGCUGCAGUUUAAACUUGACGAAAAAGAUAAUAUACUUAAAGAAUUUAUUAUAGCAGUAGAUAUAGAGGGAAUGUUGGCUUAUGAUGAAGUUAUGGUUGCAAGCACUGAUAAUUUGAAAAAUAUGAUUCAAUCUUUGAAAAUUAAUUUACAAAAUACAAAAGAAGAAAUUAGUAAAAUUAAUAAUACAAAUGAAAGUUCAAAGAAUUAUUGUGAUGUUCUUAAAGAGUUAGAAAGUAGCAGAGAGCAAAUAAAAUCCCUUACCGAGGAAUUAACAAAGGUCAAAAUGACUUUUAAUGAAAAUUGCUGUGAUAAAACCGAGAUAACAGAGGAGAACAGUAAUCUUCAAAAGAUAAUUUCCGAUCUAAAUAUUGAGCUGUCAAAGCUUCAAGAAGAAAGAAAUUUAUUGCAAAAUCAAAAUGAUGCUUAUCAAGAUGAGGUAACAAAAUUAAAAGAAUGUGUUGACCUUUUGAAUGUAAAGAUUGUAGGAAGGGAACAAGAUUCUGAAUCUAUGAAACGCCAAAACGAGGAACUUAGUAAAAAAAUAUUUGCAAUAGAAUGUGAUAUCGGAGAUAAUAACAAAAAAAUCAGUUCCUUAGAGGAACAAUUAAGAAAUACUCAAACCUGUGUAGAUGAUAUAAAAUUAUUAUUAGAUAAAGUUAGUAAAAUUACUUCGUUAUUAUCAGAAAAUGUAAGAGAUGUGCCUUUAGUCGUAGAUGAUCUAGUCAUAGCUUUAAAGAUUUUCGGUGAUAGCUUAGACACUUUAGAAAAUGCAGUCCUAAAUAUUGUCAAACAGAAAGAUGAUAUGGCAAUACUGAUUGAAAAGCAAGAAUUAGAAGUAGACAGAUAUCAGUCAAUACUAAUUGAAAAUAGUAAAAGUAUUGAAGAUUUUACCUGUGAGUGUGUAGCAAUAUUAGAGACCAAUGUCCGAUCAGAAAAUAAAGCUUUAACUGAUUCGUCAGACUCAAACAAUCAAGUAAACGACGGCUGUGAUUACUUAAAGGACAAUUUACGAAACCUCAUAGAAUCUAUAAAAAUUACAAAAUCACAUUUCACUGAGGAAUUAGACGCGAAACGAAUAGAAAUAAAUAAAUUGUUAUGCUCUAACACCAGCAAAGAAUCUGAAUUGGAUGAAGUGAAGUCUCAAAUAUCUAAGCUAGAAGAGGAAGUAAAUAAUAGAGAUAAACUCCUCAGUAACGUAUUAAAUAGAUGCUCACAACUUACCACAGAAUUAGCUAUAGAAAAUAACAUCUCAUGUGAAUUUGACACUAAUACUGAGAAUAUAUUCGAGAAAAUCAUAUUAACACUGGAAAAAAUAUCCAAUUACGUCACAGUAUUAAAAGCCGAAAACAUCGAUGAGUCUGACAACACAAAAAAUGCUAUAAGCAACGCAAAAUCAGAAAUCUUAAAACUCACGGAAGAAAACCUACAACUUAUAAAUAAUAUUGACAUUUUGGAAAAUGUUAAAUUAGAUUUAUCAGCAAAACUAAAGCAAGUUGUUGAUAAAAAUGAUCUAUUUAUUAUCAAUCUAAGGAAAUGUAAAGAGUUAUUGGAUUCCUUAAAGAGAGAUGUGCAAUCAAACUUACAAGAAUUUAAGUAUGGCUUUUCAAACUUAAAUGACUUAUUUAAGGAGCACAUCAUAAAUAGAAUACGGAACGAGUAUUCAGAUCUUUUAGAUAUUUCAAAGCCCGAUAGUCAAAAUGUUUUGAAUGAGCUAAAACUGGAUGUGACGGAAAAUGUUAAUAGCAAAUAUAGUAACGUUGAUAUAAAUUCCCGAGAAACGCUGCAUUCACCGCCAAGCUUACUAACAAUUUGUUGUAACACUAUAGCGGAUGCUUUAGACCAAGAUAAUAAGGAUAAGUUGUCAAGUUCCGAAUCAUCUACUUGCAGCACAAAUUUCGAAAAUGUUUGCCAAUGUGAACAGUUGUUACUAGAAAUACAAUCUUUGAGGGAAGAUAAAGAAUAUUUAACAAACAAGAUCAGUUCUCUACAAAAAGAAAACGAAGAAUUAGUUAGUGAGCAAGAAAUUGUUCAAAAAGAGGUACGAUCACUCAUAGAUUCAUCACACGAACUACAAAAAAAGCUUAUCAAUCAUCGAACCAACCUAUCCACAUUGAUGGCCACGACGUACGCUGAAAACAAAUCGCUAACGUCGCAAAUAAAAUGCCUGCAGCACUACUACAGUCGUUUCUACAGCGGGUGUCAAAAAGAUAUACCCAGCUUUAAAAAGCAGUUGCAGGAUCUAAUGGUUCUGCUCAAAACUGAAAAUCUCCCUAGACAUAACGACUCCUUCAAAAGAUAUUCCUUGCCCGACACACUAGAUAAUACAUUGAUACAAACAAUAUUUAAAAACGAGUCUAUGUUAGAUGGUGACCUUCUCAUGUUAGACACAAAUGUAAGCCUCACUACUUGCGACAAUACAUUACUAGGUGCCGAUCAGACGGGCCUCGAAAUAACGCAAAUAAAUUACUGUAGAGAGGUAGGUUGUCAAACGAGUGACUAUGAAGAUCGCUCAUCUAAUUUAUAUUCUCAGGUCGAAGCCGAAAAAAUAGCCAACUCUCUAGAAGAACUCAGAGAAGAAAAUGAUAAACUACGCAAAGUCGUAGAUGAAUAUUUCGACUCGAAAACAUCUAAAACCAAUCUAGUUGAUUCAACGUGCAGCCCGGCGAAAGAUCAUUGUAAUGCAUUUUCAGAAUGUAAACACUUAGAACAAUUAAAUGUAGUGGAAAGGGAGUUUUCUGAAAAAUACCAAAUUUUAUCCAAAAAACUCUCGGAUAUGGAAUCUCAAAAAUCAGAAGUCGAAAAUAAGUUUGAUAAAUUAAAUUUGGAAAUGCCUAAUGUGGAUGCGCUUACGCGAAAAUUAAAUGCGUUUGAAAAAGAAUUGCAAAGCAAACAAAAUAACAUAGAUAAGUUAACGAGUUCAUUGAGACAAAUGGAAAAGUUACAGGAAGAAAAUGAAGAUUUGUCAAAUCAAGUAAUGGAUUAUGUGUUGGAGAUUGACACUCUCAAAGCAGAACAUGAAAUAUUAAAGAAUGAAAAAACUGACUUACUAAAGAAAUUGGAAAAUGAUGUCGAAUCUAAACAAUCGACUGAAACCUCCGAUGGAUUAUGCUUAGAGUGCAAAAUCAAAGACCAAGCUAUAAACGAAUUAAGAGAUAAACUUUCUUCUGAUUCAUACAGUAGACUGAAUAGAAGCUACAGUGAUUCAGAAAGUUCAUCUCGUUACAACAAAUUGUGUACCUUACAAAGUGAGUUACACGCCGGCAAAGAAGAUUGUAUAGAACUGAAGGAGAGUGUCGCAACUAUAAAAAAUCAUUUAGACGGUAGUCCAAACCACCAGCCAAUGGAUAUGGAUAUCAGUAUGGAACAACCACAUAUUUUCAGUCUAAACGAGGAGCUCGCUGAUAAUAAAAAUAGCAAAGGUGAUUCGAUAGACCCCUUAGACAUCUACAAUGUUGAGAGGAUAAAUUGUUACAAUUUUUUGAUAGAGAAAACGGAUGAUGCGACUUCAGUUCUCGAUUCUAAUAUGAAAAUAAUAGACGUCAUGACAAUGUUAUACGAAAAACUAGUUUUGAAGCACAGCAACGAGGUUCAAAACUUAAGAAAUUGUCUUAAAGAUUUUGAGGAAGAGAAACUGAAUCUAGAUAAGCGAGUGGCUAGUUUAAAAGUAGAAAAUGACAAAGUUAUGAAUGACUACAACGAAAGAAACCAGUAUUUGCAAACGAUGGCGGAGGUUGUAUUAAGUUUGAAAAAUAAUUUAACGUUAAUGGAAGAUAUGAGUGUACCUUCCGAUAUAAUAGUGUACUUCAAAGACAAUUUCCUGGCGAGAGUGGACUCUGAAUUCGGUCUGCAGGGCUCUUCUGUAUUUGAAAAGUUGAUCAACACCAUGCAGAAUGAACAUUGUCAUAAAAUUCUAGACAAAGAGCAGCAUAAUCAAAGUCUACAAGAGCAAUUAAAAAAUAUACAAAACGAACUAUCGACCGUUAGCGAAAAUUUGGCUGAAUUGAAGUCUGCACUCGCUAAUAAGGAAAACGAGUACAACUUGCUUAAUCAGAAAAAAGAACAAAUUCAUGAGAUUAACAAUGCCGUGACUCUAGACAUUAUUAAGAAAGAAAGGGACCUAAGAGAAACGGUCAAAACUAUUUACAAGAGAGUGACUGAUUCUGAUAUACCGCAUGUUAAAGAUUUAGACAUAUCUCUGCCGUUGAAUGAUAUCAUAAAAUUGUUGUUUGAAAUCACAUUUAAUCACCUAAGCCAAACGAGUUCAGAUCAAAGUGAACAAUUGAAAAUUCUAAAUGAGGAUUUUUUGAACUCCAAAAAUCAACUUAUCGAAAAAGAAAAAGAACUCGAAUCUCUUAAAGAACAAAAUAUUGCGAUCAAAGCACAAAACGAUAUAAAUGCAGCGUCAGUUUCAGAUUUACAACAAAAACUUCUAGAGUAUGAAAAUCUGAACAAGGUCUUUAAGGAAAAUUACGAUAGGAAGAUACAAGACAAUGUAGCGCAAGUUGCAAACCUUACAGAGAAAAUUAAUAUGCUAAAAGAAGAAAUAUCAAAUAAGGAAAUGAAAAUAAUAGAUUUGGAAUCGAGACUAAUUUCUAAAGACGAACAAAAUAAUUUUGAAAACGAAAAACUUACAGAAGCAAUGAAAUCUGUAGCCGAAGCGAAUAAGGUAGUAGAAGAACUUAAAUCUGUAAAUGAAAGGAUUGUACAAGAUAAAGAUACUCUUUCCAAAGAAUUGGAGGAGGCUAAUAAAACGAUAGCACAAUAUAAACAACAAUUAGAGAAACUAAGUAACGAUAUAUUAGUAUUAAAGGAGUCCGUUAAAGAAAAUAUUCCAACCGUAGACAAGUUAAGUUCAGAAAUACAAUUAUUACAACAGGAGAAAAAAGAAUUGUACAAUAAGUUGCAAGAAAUGGCUAAGGAAUGCACCCAACUACAAGUGAAUAUAAAAACACACGAAAAAACUGCAGAAAUUCAAAGCAAAAUGAUCAUAAAGACCCGCAAACAAAAAGAAGACGCAGAACUGGAAUCUCGAGAAAAGGAUAAAAAAUUAGAAGAAAUGGAAGCGAAAUGCAAACAAAUGCAAGAAGAAUGUGACCGACUUAGCAAAGACAUAAAAACUGCCAAAGAUGACCUAACCACCUUACAAUCAACCAAACAUCUGCUUGAGGCUAGAGUGAGCGAGCUUGAGCAAGAGUUGGAAGAGAAGAGAGGCCGCAUGUCAGUGGGCUCCGUGACUAGACGACGUCGACAGAGCAUACACGAUGCCAGGAGAACACACGACAGCGAAGAUGAGAGGAGACUAGAAGCGAUGUUCAAGUGUCAGACACCGACCGAGGACAUGUUCAUGGACGUGGACAGCGGCUCCAGCCGCAGCACACCCGUGAGACACAGCCGCGGCCGGGACAGCAUAUCAUCAAAACAUGAACAGAGCGAGGAGGACCAUGGCACAAGUGUUAGCGUGCAGGCGCGCUCGCGGCGACGCAGUCUACACGACCGAAGCCGACUGCUGCCUGUCGAUAACCAUGUCCAAAACAACAGUCACAAUUCAUCGGGAAAUACCAGCUUAAAUAGCGAAGUGCAGCUCAAGAAACGCCUGGCAGCUUGUGAGGAAGAGCUGAGCGAGCUAAAAGAGCGAUACCGCGAGUUGGAUGACGAGUGUGAGACGUGCGCCAGCUACCUGCGCGAGGCGGAGGACCGCUGCGCGAGACUCAAACACGAGAAGACGCAGCUCGAGUCAAAGAUUGAAGAAUUAAACAAGAAUUUGUUAUUGAGCGCCGGCCCUGUGGAGAGGCCGAUGAUGACUGAUGCACAUGUUAACACUGAUGAAGAUUGGUCCAACUUACACACGGUGGUCGUAGAUAGAAUGUCGUACGACGCGGAAGUAGAGAAAAAUAAGAAACUUAUGAAGUCGAUAGAGGAACUGCGAUUCAGCAAACAACACCUCAAGAACACCAUUGAAAAGAUGCAGAAGGCUUUGGACAAGAAUUCCUCGAAGGACAAAAAGGAGCUGGAAUCUACGCGGGCGGAGCUAGAAGCUUGCAGGCAGCAGUUGGCCGAGUACAAGGAGCGGUGUCGCGAGCUCGACGAGGAGUGCGACACCUGCGCCUCGUACCUGCGGGACAGGGACGAGCAGUGCCGCAAGCUGAGGGAGGCGAAGGCGGCGCUCGAGAGCAAGUUGGCGGAGUAUAUAGAAACGAGUCCGCUGGCGCAGUCCGUGCGCAAGAAGCGGCAUUCUGUGCACGACAGACGCCGCGCCGACCCGCCUCGAGACGCCUCUACUGAUACAGACGAUUUCGCCAACAAUAAAGAAAAUGUUUCACAAAACACGAGUGAUGUCCAAGGAAAAGAUUAUGAUCGACUCAGAGCGUUGGUGUCGCGUCUGUCGGCGCAGAAGGCGGAGCUGGAGGAGCAGCUGGCGGCGUUCAGCGCCUCGCCGAUAUUCGUCGCCACCGGCAGCGCUAUAGUGCAGAAUCAGCAAAUAACGGACGUGUUGAAGGAAAACCAAAAACUUAAGAAGAUGAACGCGAAACUGAUCAGCAUGUGUAAAAAACGCGGCAAAACUACAGACUCCAACAGAGAAAACGAAGACCCAUCUGAGGUUAUCGGCUGAAUCAAAAUGAAGGUUUAAAACAUACCAUAUUUUAAAUUUUUUUUUCUUCCUGCCGUCCACUACUUUAAGAUCGUUUAAAGAAAGUGAAGACACAUUAUGUAUAAAACUAUAUCUACCAAUAACUACAAUAAUAUUAUAUUUUAUGCAAAUAACGUGACAUGACAUGAUCCAAAUAACGUGUUGAAAUCAAACACUACGCCUGU